UAUUUCCCCCGUGGAAUUUGUUUCGUCGUCGGUACUCAAUAGUGACUGGCGCAUGGUUUCUACCGUAGCCGGUUAUGGCGGAGAUGUGUAGCUAGUUGUGCCUGAGACCGGGGGCGAAAGCUUUUGCUUCACCGAAUACAUUAAUAAAGACCGAGACGAUGGCAGGGGUGUUUGACAUUGAUUUAGAUCAAGCGGACGAGAUUGUGUCCGACGACGAAUUGGAAGAUGGGGCUCAGAUUAGUGAGUACAUGGACCAGUGCAGCGGGUUUGAGUUUAACAUGGAUGACUGUGAGAAGUUUGAAAUCUCAGAAGACAGCGUCAACAAAGGGACGGAUCAGAUCCGCCCAGAGUGCUUUGAGUUACUGCGAGUUUUAGGAAAAGGAGGCUAUGGAAAGGUUUUUCAAGUUCGCAAGGUGUCUGGUGCCACUUCUGGAAAGAUCUUUGCCAUGAAAGUCUUGAAGAAGGCCAUGAUAGUGCGUAACGCCAAGGACACGGCCCACACCAAGGCAGAGCGGAACAUUCUGGAGGAAGUGAAGCACCCCUUCAUCGUGGACCUCAUCUAUGCAUUCCAGACCGGGGGGAAGCUCUACCUCAUCCUGGAGUACCUCAGUGGUGGGGAGCUGUUCAUGCAGUUGGAGAGAGAAGGGAUCUUCAUGGAGGACACAGCAUGCUUCUACCUGGCAGAGAUCUCCAUGGCGCUGGGGCACCUGCAUCAGAAAGGCAUCAUCUACAGAGACCUGAAGCCUGAGAACAUCAUGCUCAACAACAAUGGUCAUGUAAAGCUGACUGACUUUGGCUUGUGCAAAGAGUCCAUCCAUGAUGGCACAGUAACCCACACCUUCUGUGGCACCAUAGAGUACAUGGCCCCAGAGAUCCUGAUGAGGAGCGGACACAACAGGGCCGUCGACUGGUGGAGCCUGGGGGCCCUCAUGUAUGACAUGCUGACUGGAGCACCGCCGUUCACUGGUGAAAACAGGAAGAAGACCAUCGAUAAAAUCCUGAAAUGCAAGCUCAACCUCCCGCCGUACCUCACGCAAGAAGCCAGGGACCUUCUAAAGAAGCUGCUGAAGCGCAAUGCCUCGCUGCGGCUGGGGGCCGGACCGGGAGACGCCUCAGAAGUGCAGGCCCACCCUUUCUUCAGGCAUAUUAACUGGGAUGAUCUCCUCGCGCGGAAAGUGGAGCCUCCGUUCAAGCCUUUCCUGCAAUCUGCUGAUGAUGUCAGCCAGUUUGACUCCAAGUUCACCAGCCAGACCCCCGUGGACAGCCCCGAUGACUCGACACUCAGCGAGAGUGCCAAUCAAGUCUUCCUGGGUUUUACAUAUGUAGCCCCGUCCGUGCUCGAAAACGUGAAGGAGAAGUUCUCCUAUGAGCCGAAGGUCCGGUCACCUCGGAAGUUUCUGGGAAGCCCAAGAACACCAGUGAGUCCUGUGAAGUUUGCCGGGGGGGUCUGCUGGCCGCGCGGGCCCACGAUGGCAGGUGCUCAGUCCCUGCUGUCCCCGGGCGGCUGCGGGGAGCGGGAGCAGCCCAUGGAGGUGUCCGCCAUGGAGCACAUGGACGUGAGCUCCAGCAACUGUGAGGUCUCGGCCCCCCUGCCUAUCAGACAGCCCUCUGGCACCAGCACCGGACUCUACAAGAAACACACCUACCCCCUGAUGUCCAAGCGGCCCGAACAUCUCCGGAUGAACCUAUGACGCUCGGCUCCGCCUGGAAACUUAGGACUCUUUUUAUUUUAAAUUCCUCUUUUAACAUCUUUGUUUUCUUUUAAAAAAAGACUCGUAGAAAUUUAACAAAAUGACUGACAAGACUGUCUGCUCCAAGCACCAGCCCUCUCCUCCCCUGUGUGUGUGUGUGUGUCUGGCUGAGUGGUCCGAGAGCUGGAGACUGCUGCUUUAGCUGGCCGCUACCUUGCUGCUCCUCUGGUCUGACUGACUCCCAACACCCCCCCCCCCCCUCCAGAACAGGCCAGGCUCCUCUCACCAACAUGUGGAUCUAACCCUCGUCAGACCCAUUCUUCACUAAAGCUUACGACCCAGGUCAUUAUCGCUAUUGAUUUAUGUACUAUAAGACCUUUUUAGCACCCAAAUCAGGGCUGUUGUGCUUUACUAGAAGCGUGAAUGAAGAGCUCUUCUUGCAAAUUCUCUGGUUUUGUCGUUUGUGUAAUAAACAUAGUCGGUGAAAUCUGAGGUGAUAUUUAAAUGUAGCACACUUGAGUCAUCGCGGCCACGAAGAUAACGAUCUGGCAUCGUGCUGUGCCCGUCUGCGUGUAGUAAACAAACCGCUUGCAGUGUCCCAUUUAAAAAAAUAUAUAUUUAUAGAGCAGUGUCUGACACGGGUUUAAUCCACCCCCUGGACACGUGUGCAAACACAGGUGGACCCCUCCCUACCAGCGGCUCAGCGCUUGCUUUACGAGGUCCGUGUGAAGGGCCUUCGGCCUGGGGCUCUAACUACCCCAUUGAAGCAGAGAAUCUGGAGGAGCACGGCAGAGCUUCUGCUCAGGUUCCUGUGUGCUUGUCUGGCUGAUGCCAGGACAUGGUGCUUUGUACUGUGGGUGGAGGGGACUGGGCGACUCCCCUAACAGCGCUGCUUCCCCCCCAGUAUUAUUCCCGCUAGAAGGUUCUAGAACACUGGGGACUGUUUCAACUUUUUGUUUGUUUUAGAACUUGAGGGCCCAGGAUCCCUCUCGAAUGCAACCUGAUUCCUAUUUGACUUACUUCUUGACUUCAAACAGGGUUGUACGCCAGAGUAUCAGUGAAUGAGAUACAAGUCGCAACGCAGCUAUGAACGCACACGACGGUAUUCACUUUAGACGUCUGCUAGAACUGCAUUUUGUUCCAUUGCAAAAAAUAUGGAAUCCACAUUGCCUUCUUUCUGCUUUUUCACUAGAAUUUUUAUUUAUUUAUUUUUUAUUCAGGAUAAGAUAGACCUGGUAUCUGUAAUAGAAGAGAAGCAGCUAUAGAAAUAGUAUAGUUCUGCUGAAAGCAUCACUUCACACCACUCUCAAAACCAAAUGCUGACAUUGCUUUACCAGUCAAACUGGAAAGCUCCAGUCCAGGUAGAAAACCUUGCCUGUAUUUGAUUUUGUUGAAUGUAAACUGACUAAAUGCCUUUUUUCUUUUUUUUCAUCGUGCAGACGAUUGAUAUAGAUUCUCCCUUGGUUAUAGUAAUCCACACAGCUUGUUUUAAGGACCUAGAUAUCAGGAAACAGACAUUAAUCAUGUUUGAAAAUCAGGCCAGAUUCUUGUCUCGAUCCUCAUCACUGUCUGGUUGUGUUGCCAACGUGCAGUUUCACUGACAUGAGGAAUGGUGCUGUGCCCUCCACACUUAGGCACCUUCCGUUUUGAGGUGGUAGUGUGACAUUUGAAUCUGUCUGUGAUGUGAGUCUUUGGAGUUAAGCCAUUUAAUCCUCCUCCUCCAAACAGGAUGCCAUUUAUCCAGCCAGGUAUUAGCUGAAGGCAGAAUAUUGUCCCAGGCUCAAACCCUGACAUUCAUGACUCAUUGUGGGGUUUUUGUCUGACGAUGUAGCCGAAUGUUUGAUAUAGUUGGUUUGGACAAGGGGCCCAGUGUGUGAUUAAUUACCAUGACCAAAUUUGCUUAACCAAAUCAACUUGUCUCAUUCAAGAAUCAAGUCUGUGGAUUCAGGCAGGUUAAUGACCGCAUUAAAAACGUUGGCUGUGGUGGCCCUCCCUCCUCGACCCUCUUACGAAAUGCUCACUUCUAAAACCGUGUGUGUGUGACUGUAUGGCUGUUCCUGUGAGAUUUAUAUGGCCUAUUUUGUGACCAAGGCCUCUCUUUAAACAGAGAUGAGCGUCUGUGAUGAGAGGUGUGAGCGUGUCACAGUGAAAGGCUGUGCGUUCCUCGGCUCCCCGUGGUGCUUUUUCUAUUAGAGAGGAUGCACUGUGUUCCAGACAAAUCACCCCCAACAAUUAUGUUUUUAAACUGUUUUUAAACUCACUGUAAUUCUUUGCUGAUUUGUAGAAUUGUUUUGAUAUUUCCGUAUGAAUUUAUUUUUUCUAUUUUUAUUUUCUGCGUCACACUAUGCAAAUGUGUUUUCUUUUAUUCUGUUUUCACUCGUAGAUCUCUCAAGAGGUUUAGGUUGGGCAUUCAUAUGUUUUGUCGUCGGUGCAUAUUUACUGUAUUUCUAUUGUUUACCUGAAAUGCAUUAUUUCCCAGUUAUGAGCAGUGUCUAAGCUAGAAUGUUUUGUUGCAACAAAAAAAAAAAUCAGCAAACAACAUUUUGAUAUCUCGUACCAGCUUCUUUAAAUCUGAAAACUUGAACUUGUAUGUAGUGUCAGAAACAGCCGUGUGUGUGUGGGGGGGGAAAUAUGGGUCACUAAUGCAAAAACCAACAGGGGUGGGCUUGUGCCUUGUCAUAUUGCAGCGUGUAUGUAUUUGCAGAUGGAAUGCUCGUGAAGUGCUCGGCCCACGAGCGUGUUCCCCUCUGUUACAGGGUCUGAGUGAAGCGCAUCUCUUUAUAACCAACCGUGUUCAUCUUGAUGCUGAAGUGAUUCGAGUGGGGGGUUUCCCCUGAAGUGGGUUUGGGAUAGAGAUCUUGUAUAUCAUAUAAUUCAGUGUUAGACAAUGUUAUUAGCUCAGAGAGAGAUGAUUAUGAUCAAAAACAGAAGUGAGAACGUAACCCGUCAUGUCAAUAUUCCACACUUUAUUUAUUCCAUGAGAUUCUGUUGAUUUGUAUCAUGUAUAUAACUAAUGGACCAUGACAAAAUAAAAAGGUGGCACUGCUGAUCGGA